UUGUCCAAGGACGAGUUCGAGGACCGGGGCUUCAAGUCCAUCCUGUACCGCAUCGGCGAGACUUAUGUCGACUUCUUCGAGCCCCUGCGCGAUGACACGCCCAUGGCCCGGCAGCUACAGGCCACGGGCCCUGGGGUGAUGCACGUUGCCUUCGGCGUCGACGGUAUCGACCAGGUCUUUUCGGACCUCGUUGCCAAGGGCAACCAGAUGCGGGGAGACGCGCCGGCCGCCAGUCCGUUCGGAUAUCGCAACCUCAACAUCGACACCGACAGUUCUCACGGCAUCCUGUUCCAGCUGGCGGAGGGCGAGGCAACCCACUAA